AUGCGGGCUGUCGCGAGGCGUUUCCACCCGCCUGCAAUCACUUAUGGAGGUUCCAUGAAGGUUCAGCCAAAUCAUCAAGGGGACAUGCAGUGGAGACUAGGAGCAAGGGAACAGUUUUCUGAACCAGCUAAGCUGUAUGGGAAAUGGACUUUCAUUAUCUUCGACGCAUGCGUCCGCAAAAAUGAUGCAGAAUCAUUCGUCGAGGCAUUGGCAAGGUACAGCUCACAGCACGGUGUGCAGAUACAAGCUCGGGACGCCGAAAUCCGUGAAACGAGCAGUGAAGUCGAGCAAAAUGUUGACUCACUAAUGAAACAUAUAAGUGGCUCCAGCAAAUUUAUUAUGUUCACUACUAAAAUGAAAUUGGAUCCGAUCCAUGGUUUGAUGAAACGCCUCGAAGCUCAAUAUGGAGUCGUAACUCAACACGUCAGCUCUCAGACCCUUACCAAGGCGAUAGGGCAGAAAGGUGCCUUCAUGGUGCUUGGGAAUCUAUGCUUGAAAAUGAAUCUGAAGCUUGGAGGCAUCAAUCAUUGCCUGAAAAUAUGUGAUCAUUUCACCUCAGCUAAUCCCAGCUUCAGAAAUGUGUAA